GUCAGGAUAAAAUCGAUGAGUUUAGAACAGUGGUGUUGGACGAGAGGUAUGCAUUCAGGGUUUAUGUAGGAGCGGUGGAAGGAAAAUUUGCGAAUGGAGCGUAUAAAUCGGCUGAAAGGUCAGGAGGUGGUAUUCUCAUCACUGUGUAUAAUAUAAUAUGUCGAGAUUUAGUGAAGUUUAUCGUAGAACGAUUUUAUGAACAUAUUCGUGUAUUAGAAAAUAGAAAUAAAUUAUUUAUAUUAGACUAUAAU